AUGUCUAAAGUGCUUCACCUCAAUACACCUGCAUCUGGCGAAUCCACCAUUCUUUCGACCUGGUCUUCAACGUCUUCAAUCAGUACAUUAUCGUCCGUUGCUGCCGCAUCUUCAGAACUAGAAAUAACCAAAACUACAUUUGAACCAAGACCAAUGCUGAUUACUGGUUCCAUUAGUGGUGUGCUCGAGAGCAGCCCAUUUCAACAUGAGCAAAGAUUGGCUGAAAUGGUACUCAAUCACCCAGACAUUGCCAGGACAUCUUCCGGGAAGCCUCAAAUUGUAUUCAUCCACAAAUUGUACGACAUGUUGAGCAACGAUUCAAUCUCUCAUUUGAUCAGAUGGGCACCCGACUCCAUUUCCUUCUACAUAUUCCCCGGUGAGAGUUUUUGCAAAGUGCUUGCCCAAUACUUUAAGCACACCAAUAUGUCGUCAUUCAUUAGACAAUUGAACAUGUACGGGUUUCACAAGGUAAAUGACAAUAAUAAUUCAGUUCCUUCUUCCGAGAUCCGAAGUACUAAUUCAAAAUGGGAAUUUCGCCAUUCACAAAAUCAUUUCAAAAAGGGAGAUUUCGAGUCAUUGAAGUAUAUCAAGAGGAGAAGUUCCAAAACCACCAAUGACCAAAAAGAAGUGGUUGAUUUGAAAUCAAUUCCUCAUACAUCUGAAUAUUUACAGAGGCAAGUUGAAAAUGAGCAUUCACCAUUCGAUACCCAUUUCUCAACCCCAAGUCCAUCGCAAGCACCAAGGAACCAGUACCCUCCAUUGUUCCCUAACCAAGUCCCACAAAUGCCACAUUUUUCCAUGGAUGCACCAGCUUUUCAACCCAAUUCACUACUACAAACUCAACAUAUCGAAAGAACACCGCCAAGGUUGAAAUCUCCCUUGACUUCAAAUCAACCACCAUUGAUGACCACAACCCUACACAAUUUCAAUCAAAGCGGUCCAGAUACUACAUUGCCUUUGCCACAAACAAUACAACAAGGACAACAACAACAACAACAACAACAACAACAUCAUCAUCAUCAUCAUCAUCAUCAUCCUCGGGAUUAUGUCCAUCAAAGGCCACCAAUCACUACCCAGUACUCCUUUGAAAGUGCAAACGCAAGUGCAGCAGCAGCAGCAGUAGAUGAUACCAAAUCCACCACGUUAUCAUCAGAGGCGGAAUUUUGGAAAAGAAAGCACGCGGAUUUGACUGCUGAUUUUGACACUUUGGUCGGAAUCGUUGAACUGGGAACAAACAUUGACGUCGAGUAUCAAAGGUUCAAAAAAUCCAGGCUGGCAAGGCAACAAUUGAAUAAUCAUAGUAUGCUGAUGCCACUAAUGACAUCUUUAUCUGUUGCUUCUGCUCCUCAAUCAGAUAAUUCCACGCAUUUGUCUACCUACUACCCCCAGUUCAAACCCAAGUUCAACUUACCUGUACUCCAACAAAGAGCUGAAUCAAAGUCGUAUAGUCCGAUGGGCACACCAAUAACACAAAAGGAUUAUUUUUUACAGAAGCAACAACUAACGCAACAACAACAAAUGCCCGUGCUCAAGAUUCCUUCCCUCAUGGUGAACCAACUACAAGUGAGAACAAACUCAUUACCUGGUGAAUUACAAAAAGGAAAAUGUCCAGUAUCACCAAACACAAGGUUACCAACCGGUAAAAGAAACUCCGAUUCAGUAAUCUCGGCUCCAAGGCUCCCCAGUGUAAAUGAAUUAACACUGAACUUGCCUGUUUUCAAUCCCAAUUUGAACAUCAAGAGAAAGCGCUCAGCAUAA